AAUCGAUAGCAAUCGAUAAGCGGAUUGUUCUGUGGGUUCGAUUGUUAUCGAUUGCCGAUAUCAAUCGAUAGCAAUCGGCGAUUUAGCCUCCGAGCAGGCUCUUGCGAGAGAUCAGUCAGUCAGCGAGUGAGCGAGCCUUGUUCGUGCCACCAAUGACGAGAGCCUACUCGCAGGCUAUCGGUGAUUGAUAUCGAUUGAAUCAAUUGAUUCCCGAUAUAGAUGUUUAUCGAUUGACUACGCCUGGUGUAUGAGCAGCCGUGUGGGGACGGGAGUAUUGCGGACUAGCUGGGGCCUGUUUCUCGAAGGUCCCCGGAAGUUUUCGCACCCGGGAAGCCGUGGCAAAAUGUCAAGCGUUAUGAUUACAAAGCUGUUUUAUUCACAUAUUUGUAAUAUCAACAGAGGUUUCCUUCACACAAGAAGUUUCAGGUGUAUACACCUCUCUAUUUUUAGAUACAGAUUAACCAAAAAUGGCUUUGCGGGCCCGAAAAAGUUCCCGGGACUUUGGAGAAAUGGACCCGUUUAUAACGGUGCCAGUUUAACCCCACCCUACCCUGCUUGAGAUGGCAUUGUUAGUCCCCAGUUCCCAAAAAAGUACCUGUUGGCAAACCAGAAACAUUUCUUUACAUAAAGCUAUCAGUCUGAUCGGGCUUAGUAAUCGCCGAAGUAAUAUCGACUUCUUAUUUUACCCGGGUGCCAGCAGCCUGCAGGGAGCACGCUGUUAGGACCAGGCGAACUGAAGAAUAAUACUUCUGUAAAGUUUGGUGAGCUGAGUCGACAAAGAUGCGAAUUUUCACCUUUCGCUUACCACAGAUCAGCAAACAACAACUGUUACUGCUGACAAUCGCUAUCGUAUGUUUCAUCGGUUAUGUGCUCCUUGAAAGAAAACCUAACGGUGGCGAUUUUUCAAACUUAAAAGACAAUAGCAAGGAGAGAAUAUCUAGAGGUGGUUUAACUUUAGGAGAGAAGGAAUUUUUCCUUGAUGGAAAGCCCUUUCAAAUCCUCAGUGGGGCAAUACAUUACUUUAGAGUUGUUCCAGAGUAUUGGAAAGAUAGAUUGCUAAAACUCAAAGCCAUGGGAUUAAAUACCGUUGAAACGUAUGUAGCAUGGAACUUACAUGAGGAGGUAAAGGGUGAAUUCAAGUUUGAUGGAAACUUGGACAUAAAGGCUUUUAUCAAGUUAGCACAAGAUUUGGGUCUGUAUGUUAUUUUACGACCUGGACCCUACAUUUGUUCUGAAUGGGAUUUUGGCGGACUGCCAAGCUGGCUGUUAAGUGAUCCUCACAUGAAACCAAGAUCGAUGUAUCCUCCAUUCGUCCAGGCUGGUGAUCAGUAUUUAAAGGCACUUUUACCAAUUGUUACUCCUUUACAGUAUUCCAAGGGUGGUCCAAUAAUAGCAUUUCAGAUAGAGAAUGAGUAUGGCAGCUAUCCAGGUGCAGAUGUCGUAUAUCUAAAGCACCUCAAAAUGGUAAUGAUCAAUGGAGGUAUAACAGAAUUACUUUUUACAUCAGAUAAUUAUUGGGGAAUGCAAAACAAACUUCCUUCACUGCAAAAUGUGUUAAAAACAAUCAACUUUGGAGUUGAAAAAGAUGCAAAAGUAAGACUGACAGAGUUAAAGGAAACACAGCCUGACAAACCUGUAAUGGUAAUGGAAUACUGGUUAGGCUGGUUUGAUCAAUGGGGUAGACAACAUAGUGUCAAAGAUGUUAAAGCAGUAGCUGACACCAUGGAGGAAAUUCUCAAGUUUGGAGCCUCUUUUAACCUCUACAUGUUUCAUGGAGGAACAAACUUUGGCUUUAUGAAUGGCGCAAAUGGACUUGUACCAGUAACAACGUCAUAUGACUAUGAUGGACCUUUGUCAGAGGCUGGAGACACAACAGCAAAAUAUCACACUCUUAAAGCCAUGAUGAUUAAACCAUCUGCUUCACAAAACUCCAUGCCCCAAAAUCUUCCACAUGUUCCAAAUUCUCCAAAAAAGGAUUAUGGAAAAGUUGAAAUGCAGCAGCUAAUGUCAUUAACUGAACUUCUUCAAUAUCAUAUUCCUGUUGAGCGUGAUCAUGUCAUGCCGAUGGAACAAUUGCCAAUUAACAAUAAUGGUGGACAGGGUUAUGGCUUUAUCCUUUACCAGACAGAAUUAGCUACAUUUCCUGAAGAAAUUGAGAUGGAGCAAGUGUUUGACAGGGCACAGGUUAUUAUAGAUUCUAUGUUGAUUCAUACAUAUGAUGCAAGUUUGGAAGACAGAAGUUCUGUUCGUGUAACAGUGAGUAGGCAUCUGACUCAGCCAACAAUUAAAGAUUUACUUGAGUUGAAAAGUCACAAGUUGGAGAUCUUAGUGGAAAACAUGGGUCGAACAAAUAUUGGCUGGGACAUGAAAAAACUGCGAAAAGGAAUCAGUGGUGACGUGAAAAUUGAUGAUAAAAGUUACAACAAAUGGCGAAUCUACCCGCUUGAAUUCAAACCACACAUCCUGUCAAGAAUCAAAGAAAAAGGAACAUGGUCUGAUAUGUCAGCUGGGAGUAAGAGUCUACAAGGUCCACACUUGUACAGGGGAACCUUUCAAGUCAAUGAUGUACCUCGGGAUACGUUUCUGAACAUGGAAAACUGGACCAAAGGCGUGUGUUUCAUUAAUGGACAUAACCUAGGCAGGUACUGGACAAAAGGCCCUCAAGGGACACUGUAUCUCCCAGCACCAUGGCUACAGAAGGGAGAAAAUGAGCUGGUAAUAUUUGAGCUUCACGAUUACAAGAGUGCAGAAGUGUCAUUUUCAACAUCACCAAUAUUUAAAGAAUAAAACGCCGAGGCUGAAACAAAGAUCUACCCAAUAAAACAACUCAUCUCUUGUAAAUCAGUGAGAUUGAGGAAGACGUCGUAAAUUUAAUAAACUCCGACUGGUCGUGCUAAAUUGAAAACGACUGCGAGCGACGCUGCAAACACCGGGAUUGGUACAUGAUGGUAGCCCGAUGUCGCUUUGUGUGUGCAAAGUUGUUAUGGAAGUGACACUGUACUAGAAGAGCGAAGAAAUGGGAAACAUUUGUGUCAGUGGGGCAGAAGGAUUUAUAAAGUUGUGCACUUUGAAUAAUUGCAAACCGUUAAAACAUUUUACAAGAAUUAGGGCCUGGAUAAUUUUGUAAUACAUGUAAUAUUAUUAUAGACAUUGACAUAUUAUUAUAGGCAUAAUGGCCUGAAAACGUUUGAAGAUUUAACCGAUUUUAGAGUAAAAAAAAGUUGCAAAAAGAUUUCAACACUCAUAAUUUGCCGUUUUGCGGUUACGUGACAAUGUAAAACAUGUCAAGGUAAGAAUAACACGAACUGUAUUUAAUAUAACGUAUUUAAUUUCCUCAUGUUAUUUAUGAGGGCAAAAGCCUUGUAGUCAUAGGCUACCAAACAGUGCCUCUUCUGAAUAUCAAAUUUUUCCGCGUUCGGUAUGACACAAUAAAUCAUUUUGGGAACAAGAACCGUUGUUCGUAAAUCUUCCUCGAAGGACUCGUUAAGUCUCCGAUUUUCAAUAUCCAAUCAAAGAAUAGCUCGAGCACUCGAGCGUGCUCCAAACGUUGUACGUCAUCAUCGUUUCGUCAGUUGCCCAGCAACAUUGAAAUGAGAACUGCGGGCUGAGUUGAUUCGUCAUUGUUACAAAGGGUUCAGAGUUUUGAUGUGCAGAGCGGGGCCUGGAUGGAACUUGAUUAAAUGCUAGAAACGAUGUCAAAAUUUCAAAAGUCAGCUGUUUGAACUUAUAGCAGGAAAAUCUGCUAAUAGUUUAAAAACUGGGCAGGAAUUUUAACUGACAGCCAUUCGGACCCUCUAUACAUCGGAUCCAGUCAGAAUCUGAUUGAAUAUCAAGAUUCAUGGACGUGAUAUUAAAUGUAACGCACGUGACAAAAUACGUCGUCUAGACUGGUGAAUAGAGUGUUUUCAUUAUCACGCAAUAAAAAUAAAAUCAAAAACCAUCCAGUGGAUAAAGUCAAGAAAUUGUGAUAUUAUAGAAGAUAAAUAAAGAAGGCAGUUUCUCCAAGUUUAAGAAGUGUGCGUUGCCCCAAAGUUGAGAUAUUCGUGGAAAUGUGCCGCGCAAAUUUACAGAUCCUAGUAUGGAGCCGCCAUGUUGGUGUUCCUCUUUGGCACACCAAUAUGGCGGCCGGAAAAUAGUGUAAACAUCUGGAACUUUCUUUGGUUAUCUAGGAGACUGAUUGUCUCCAAUGAACAAACAAGCCUUUAAAUAAGCACUUUUCCAAAUACUAUAACGUCUUAAACGGCUUAAAAUCACGAGAUAACUACAUAUUUUUCGACAAACGCGAUCGUAGUGGCGAGUCUAAAACACAGGUCACGGGUCACUGGCUAUUACUGUUUUUACUAAUACUGAAAAAACCUUAAACCUUUACUAAUACUAACCUUAAGCCUAAACAUUGUCUUAGUGCAGUAUUUAAACCUAAGGUUAGCAUUAGGAAGGGGUUAGGGUUGUGGUUAGGGUUAGGGUUAUUGGUAACACAAUGACCCGUGGCCUGUGUUUUAGACCCGCCGUGAUCGUAGCUUUGUGUCACGCACCGCCAUAACUUUGAAAUGCAAAAUGCGCUGGUUUCCAAAGACGCUAUUGAGCUGGAAAGUUGUAAACAGAUAUAAAUUUAGUACAUCUUAUGACUGACGAAGAUAAAAAGUUUGGUGGCUCUUUAGUUUUGGCUUUAAGAAUUUGAUGACGUCACGUGAAAACGCUCUGUAACGCUUGAGUAGUAAUGAGUUCAAGAAAGAAGUGGUGCAAUAAGGAAAACUUUUAUUAAUAAAAUAUCUCAAAACGAA